UGACUAGCCACCAACUGAACAGACAUCCCCCUGCCUACAGACGAACAGAAAUAUCAAGAACGCUCCCCAAGUGUUGAAAAAAGGAGAAAGCUUUGUUUGACAUUUGCCAGAAUCAGCUGCGCACCGAAUCGGGGAGAUUUCAGAGGCCCUCAAACCGACGCGCAUUUGAGGUCGAGCUUUUCCGCGAGAAACACAAUCGAGACACGACUUCGAGGAUUUAAUUUAGAGAAAAGAAAGAAACAUUUAGAAACGCCUGUUAUUAAUACUGAGGGCCACUGACUCCAGGAAGACGACGGUUCACGUAAUAUCUUAAUACCUGCAAGAACACCUUUUCUACCGAGCCAAGUAUGGGUACUUACGUCCUCUUUCCCGAGAAAAUGCUGGCCAACCUCACGUCGCUGAUAUGGGGAACUCCGAGCGCAGAAGAGCCGAAGGACACCGCGGAGGGCAAGCCAGCGAGCGGAGGAGAGCCCAGUGACACGCAGACGGCGCCGGAGAGCAGUCAGCCGUUCAAGUGUGCGACGCCCACCAUCCGAGCCGCGACGCCCGUGGAUGGGGAGGAGUCGGACUGGGUGCUGGUGGAGAGGGCUGAGGCUGGUGGUGUGAGCCAUGGGGAUGACCAAACAACAACGCAGCGGCUACCAGUACCUUCAUCUGUGCUCGCUUCAUCGCCGCUACCUUUUGCUGGGGAGGUGGGUGAGGCUGCGACACAGGAAUGGCUCAUGACUCCUCCACCAUGUUUUACACGGUCACAGACAGCUCCCCUGGCCUCUUCUCCACUUGAAAAUUUGCUCAUUGAGCAUCCAAGCAUGUCUGUGUACCUGCCACGCCCCACCAGUGCUGCCAUUGGGAGAAUAUUUCCACGACGGGUAUUAUCUCAUCCCUCCCCAUAUUCCCGUUCUUCCCCCUCAGUGUCUCCCUCCUCCGUGCUCACCCCUGAUGAGAACGAUGACUCCCCCAUGAGAGAAGAGGUCAGUAAUGAAACGGGAGGGCAGCAAGUAGCUGUUCCACAACCUAGAAACCGCGUGGCCCAACGAGCAGCCAAGCUUCUCCAGGCUAUAGAUGUGCUUAGGCCAGCUCAGAAGGCCCAGCGAAGGAGGGAGGAGAGACGCCUGAAAGCAAAGCAUCUUGAACGCUCCAACAAAGUAAGAGAAGUGGCUAGUGCAGGAAACAAGAGAUCCAGGCGUUGUGACAUGAUGACUCCUGCCAAAUUUUCCCGUGCAGUAAACAACCGCAAGUGCUAAACCUGAACAGGCUGUGAAAAGGGGUAAACCUUGUUCUUUGAAUCUGUAAAAAGACAGGAUAAAAUACUAUGCUAUAGAAUAAAGUACUAUGCUAUGAAGCCCCAAAGAUAGAUAGUGUAUUCCAAGAACAUACGCAAAGUUUCUGAUCUUAUGUAGGUAAUUAAGGAAGAUGUCGCGUACUGUUUUGAUGAUACAUAAUUGUUUAUUAUAUGUAUGUGGAAGAUUUAUUCUCUUUUUGUAUGAGAUAUACUUUCCUGCUAUAUUAAACAAAUAGUAGACAGAAGUAAGUAUAAUUGUUUAUUAUGAUUAUGACAUCAGCUGCAUAGAUCACGCAAUAAGAACAUUAAAGAGCAACUUUUACCCCUUUAUUAUUUUACGUUCUUUUGUGGUUUCUGAGAAGUUAUGGUGUUCAGUUGUUUUCAUGUAUGCAAAUCUUAAAAUAGGUAUAAAAAAAAUCUUUACAAAGCAAAAAUAGAAAAAGGCAAAAAGGUAUUUUUGGCUUAUUCUUGAGUUUACUUUUAGACUACUAGCUUCCCUAAGUAGCACGAUGCAUAUAUAUGAAUGAUACUAAUAUGCCAAUAAAAAAAAGGAAAGAAGGAAUUAUUUUAAUGAUUAUAGUCAAAGUUGAAGAGAGUUCUUCCCAGUUAUAAUGUUGCAUCAUCUUAUACUAGAAAAAAAAAAAAUAAAAAAAAUGUAAUCCUUUAAUGCAGGUGGAUGGAUUUAUUCCCUGUUAGGAUCACUGUAUUGUCUUCUCACCGAUUUUUCCCCCUGAGAAUGUACCAAUAGAACUGAUCAUCAUACUGUAUGUCACAUCAAUAUUUUUUUGUCAACCCAACACAGUCUUUGAUGCUCUGCAAUAUAUGUAUUUUUUUCUCUCUUUUUUUUUUCCUUUUACAAGAUACAAAGUGAGAAGCUUAGAAUUAAGGAAAAAUAUCUAAAAAUGAUAAAAUGAAGAAAAUGUAUAUAAAAAAUAUGUCUUUCAUUAUUGUGUGAAUGUAGAGCACUUGCAACAGUGAGUGUGAAUGUUCUUAAGUAUAUCAGAAAGGACAAGGAAGAUCAUUUGAGCUUUGUGUGUAAAUCUAAUUUUCAUUCUCUUGCUGUUUUUCUCUCUCUCUCUAUCCUUUUCUUUUAUCUUUUCCAUUUUAUUUUAUUUUCUCUUGGGCUGUAUGUUAAAGGCCAGCAAAGUUGCAGUGGGUACCGUAGCUGUGCUCAUGCUUUUUUUAUGUCCUAAGAACUACUCUCACUGCCACUACAGGAUUUGUAAGGGUUACGCCCCACAAAAGAUAGGAUUACAUGAUUAGUUGUUAAGAAUGGCAUUACUUUGUGGUGUAAUUUACGUACUGCAAUAUUUAAUGUAUAUAAAAUGAGCCAGCUGGUUUAUGAUAUAUAAGAAGAAAUAAAAAGAUCUCAUGUGAAUGUUUCAAAGUAUUGAACACUAGUCCAUAGGUGCUUUUACGCAUGUGAAGAUGUUCGGUAGUUAAUGCUUGACAGAGGAUUGUGUACUAUAAUAACCACACUUUCCUUUAUAUUUUGUGGAGUUACAUGAACCUGUUAUAAUGGUAUAUAUAUUACUUUUUUGUAAUUAAAUGCCUGUACUGAACCUUUGGGAAGUAAGUACAAAGUAAACUUGUUUAAAUUUUACAGUCAGUGUUGUUAUAUCUCGUACUACAAGAGUGUAACUACCUGCACUGGUGGGAUGACACACACAGCUCAGGGAAACUGUAGUGUAAUCUUUUGUCAUGUUGCAAGCCCUGCCCCCCCACCCUGUAUUGAGUUUGGUGCCUCCGUAUUUCUGCCAUCCCUGCAUCAGUUUAAGAACCCAGGAUGACCCAAGUCCAGCUGCCAGUUCGCCCUCUACACCUCAAGGCAUCUGCUCCUCAAGUCGAACAAGAGGCAAGAUUUGCAAAUGGCUUUUUCCCCAUUUGACGGACAUUAAUUUUCUUAGGGCUUUUUCGUGGUCUCACGGAUCACUUAGCCCACUAGACCGCUUGGCUCACUAAAAAAAAAAAAGGUAAUAAUAUUAAAUCAAAUAGUGUAAUGCAGUUUCCUCUCUUUUUAAAAAAUUGUCAUCAUUUCAAAGUUCUUCAUCAGAUAUGUAUUGAGGCACAAAGUGUUCAGCUUAUUUUUCAUUUGUAUGGAUCUUCUGUUUUAAGAUGUUUUCUCAGUAUAUGGAUUAACUUAAAAUUGUAAAUAAUGUAUAGUCUUUCAAUCAUUGUAAAUUGUUUUUAUUUAUUUUUUGUGUUCAAAGACAAAACACAGUUCCAUCUUUUUACAUCCUUUGACACUAAAGGAUUGUGUAUACAGUAUGAGUCUGAUAAAAAAAAAAGAUUUUUCC